GGGCUUGAUCACCAAGUAAGCCUAGACUUUUCUCCCCUGCGUGUGAAUAAAUAGUUGCUGCUACAAGCACAUAAUUUUGAAACAAGUAUCAAAAUUCCAUUUCUCCACAGGCAUAGGAGUGCUGAGCUCCUUCAUUUCAGUUAAAGGGCGUUGGAAACUAGCUGCGACUAAUCGAAGAAUUUGUGUCAUGGCAACGGAGAAUGAGGUAGAUGGUGGUGAUACAGAGUUCAGUUUAGCCUCUACAUCAAGAGCUCAAAUUCUGGAAAGAGAGGCAGAGAAAAGUACUGAAGAUCUAAAGAAAAAGGAAACAGAGAAUACCAAAGUAGUACCAUUCUACAAGCUCUUUUCUUUUGCGGAUUCAACGGAUGUUAUUUUGAUGAGUAUUGGUACCAUAGCAGCUGUUGGUAACGGAGCCUGUCUGCCUCUGCUGAGUAUUCUUUUCGGGGAAUUAACGGAUGCUUUUGGACAGAAUCAGACUAAUGAUGAGACAGUAGAUAAAGUUUCUGAGGUUUCGUUAAAAUUAGUGUAUCUGGCUAUAGGGGCGGGAAUAGCAUCAUUUUUUCAGGUGGCUUGCUGGAUGGUUACAGGGGAGAGACAGGCUGCGAGGAUAAGGAGCCUAUAUCUUAAAACUAUAUUAAGACAGGACAUCAGUUUUUUUGAUGUGGAAACAAAUACUGGGGAAGUGGUGGGGAGGAUGUCUGGUGACACUGUCCUCAUACAAGAUGCAAUGGGGGAGAAGGUUGGAAAAUUUAUACAGCUGGUAGCAACAUUUAUUGGGGGUUUUACAGUAGCUUUUGUUAAAGGAUGGCUUCUUACACUUGUUAUGUUAAGUUCUAUUCCCCCUCUUGUGGUAGCUGGUGCAAUCAUGUCCAUUGUUAUUGCCAAAAUGGCAUCACGCGGGCAAGAAGCUUAUGCAAAAGCAUCCAUUAUUGUUGAGCAGACAAUUGGUUCAAUCAGAACGGUGGCAUCCUUCACCGGGGAAAAACAAGCUGUGGCAGAUUACAGCAAGUCUCUUGUUAACGCCUAUAAAUCAGGGAUUGGUGAAGGUUUGGCUACUGGAUUUGGGGUUGGAACAUUGUACUCUUUCGUCUUCUACAGUUAUGCAUUGGCUGUAUGGUUUGGUGUCAAGAUGAUACUGGAAAAAGAUUACAGCGGGGGUGAUGUGCUCAGUGUCAUUAUAGCUGUGUUGACAGGGUCCUUGAAUCUGGGACAGGCUUCUCCAUGUUUAAGUGCCUUUGCAGCAGGUCGAGCUGCAGCUUACAAGAUGUUUGAGACUAUACACAGGAAGCCAGAAAUAGAUGCAUAUGAUACCCGAGGAAAGAAACUGGAUGACAUUCAUGGUGAUAUUGAGUUAAGAGAUGUGUGCUUCAGUUAUCCAGCUCGGCCAGAUGAGCAAAUAUUUAGUGGCUUCUCACUCUCUAUUCCCAGUGGUACCACUGCAGCUUUAGUUGGACAAAGUGGAAGCGGAAAGUCAACAGUGAUUAGCCUAAUUGAGAGAUUUUAUGAUCCACAAGCUGGUGAAGUACUUAUUGACGGAACAAAUAUUAAAGAGUUUCAGCUAAAAUGGAUGAGAGAAAAGAUUGGUCUCGUUAGUCAAGAACCUGUACUCUUCGCAUCCAGUAUUAAGGAUAACAUUGCAUAUGGAAAGGAUGGGGCAACCAUGGAAGAGAUCAGAGCAGCAGCUGAGCUAGCAAAUGCUGCUAGAUUUAUUGAUAAACUUCCUCAGGGACUGGAUACCAUGGUUGGUGAGCAUGGAACUCAGCUUUCUGGCGGACAAAAGCAAAGAGUUGCUAUUGCAAGAGCAAUGUUGAAAAACCCGCGAAUUCUGCUUUUAGAUGAAGCAACUAGUGCACUCGAUGCAGAGUCUGAGAGAAUUGUUCAAGAAGCACUAGACAGGAUAAUGGUAAAUAGAACAACUGUCAUUGUUGCACAUCGUUUGAGCACAGUUAGAAAUGCUGAUUUGAUUGCAGUGAUUCAUCGUGGAAAAAUGGUUGAAAAAGGAUCACAUUCUGAACUACUUGAAGAUUCUGAAGGUGCAUACUCUCAGCUAAUAAAACUGCAAGAAACGAAAAGUGAAGGCGUAGGGGACAAUGACAAGUCAGGAACUAGAGCAAGUGACAGAUUAUCAAGUCGGGGAAUGUCAAUCAAACGAUCAACAAGUCGGGACUCAUCUGGACUGGGUAAUAGCAGUCGACGGUCACUCUCUGUAUCAUUGAAUCUAGGCACUGGACCUAGCUUUACUGAGGCUACAUUAGUGGAAUCUGAAGGCCCCGGUGAAAAUAAAUCAGAACAGCCUCCAAAAGUACCACUACGCCGACUUAUGCAUCUCAACAAGCCUGAGAUACCAGUCCUAGCAAUUGGAGCUAUAUCUGCUAUCAUCAAUGGUGUAAUAUUUCCAAUUUAUGGUAUACUACUAGCUAGCGUGAUUAAGAUAUUUUAUGAAGCCCCCCACGAAAUGAGAAAGGAUUCAAAGUUCUGGGCUCUAAUGUUUGUCGUCCUUGGAUUGGCAUCUUUUAUUGCUUAUCCAUCACAAACUUACUUUUUUGCGCUAGCUGGUUCUAAGUUGAUAAGAAGGAUUCGAAUGAUGUGCUUUGAAAAGGUCGUGAGGAUGGAGAUAGGUUGGUUUGACAAGCCUGAAAACUCAAGCGGAGCCAUUGGUGCAAGGCUAUCUGCGGAUGCAGCCAGUGUGCGUGCUUUGGUUGGAGAUGCACUUGGACAGGUGGUUCAAAAUACAUCUUCGGCAGUGGCUGGCCUGGUCAUUGCUUUUGUAGCAUGUUGGCAGUUGGCGUUCAUUGUCGUUGCUCUGCUCCCAUUAAUAGGACUGAGCAAUUAUAUUCAAGUGAAAUUCAUGACAGGAUUCAGUGCAGAUGCCAAGUUGAUGUAUGAAGAUGCCAGCCAAGUUGCUAAUGAUGCAGUAGGAAGUAUAAGAACAGUUGCUUCUUUCUGUGCUGAAGAGAAAGUGAUAGAGCUGUACAAACAGAAAUGUGAAGGUCCCAUGAAGAAAGGGAUCAGGCAAGGGCUGAUUAGCGGGGUCGGGUUUGGGGUGUCUUUCGCCUUGCUAUUUUUACUCUAUGCUACUUGUUUUUAUGCUGGAGCACGGCUCGUUGAUGAUGGAAAGGCCACAUUUGAUGAAGUUUUCCGCGUUUUCUUUGCAUUGACCAUGGCAUCUCUUUCAAUUUCUCAAUCAAGUUCCUUGACACCAAAUUCAAGCAAAGCCGAUAGUGCUGCUGCUUCUAUUUUUGCAAUCUUGGACCGAAAAUCUGAGAUAGAUCCAGCUGAUGAGUCUGGCGAAACUUUAGAAAAUGUGAAGGGAGAAAUAGAGCUGCGACAUGUGAACUUCAAGUAUCCAUCUAGACCAGACAUCCAGAUCUUCCAAGACCUCAGCUUGACAAUUCGUAGUGGCAAGACUGUUGCCCUGGUUGGGGAAAGUGGAAGUGGAAAAUCAACUGUGAUUGCAUUACUGCAGCGGUUUUAUGAUCCGGAUUCGGGUCAUAUCACCCUUGAUGGGGUUGAAAUACGAAAGCUCCAAUUGAAGUGGCUCAGGCAGCAGAUGGGUCUUGUAAGCCAAGAACCGGUUCUAUUUAAUGACACAAUUCGAGCAAACAUUUCUUAUGGAAAAGAAGGCGGCGCAACUGAAGCAGAAAUAAUAUCUGCAGCUGAGAAGGCAAAUGCUCACAAGUUCAUCAGUGGGUUGGCCCAGGGAUAUGACACUGUAGUAGGGGAGAGAGGAACACAAUUGUCAGGUGGACAAAAACAGCGUGUGGCCAUUGCGCGUGCCAUAGUAAAAAGCCCGAAGAUACUACUACUGGAUGAAGCUACCAGUGCUCUGGAUGCUGAAUCUGAGAGAGUUGUUCAAGAUGCAUUGGAUCGUGUGAUGGUUAAUCGGACAACAAUAGUAGUUGCUCAUCGACUGUCCACAAUCAAAGGCGCGGAUGUGAUUGCAGUGGUGAAGAAUGGAGUGAUUGUAGAGAAAGGAAAGCAUGAGGCCUUGAUCAAUAUUGAAAAUGGAUUCUAUGCCUCCUUGGUUGCCCUCCACAUCAGUGCAGGAAAGUAGCAUUGUUUUGAUACUUUUGUAGUUCUUGUUGUUCUACCACUCUUGUAAAAAAGAGAUCUUUUGUUUCAAUGUUUGUAGUAAAGUAGUAUAGUAGCAGUAGAUAGCAGAGCAGGCCAGUCUUUCAUUCCCAUGUGAGCUUUUGUUCUUUCCUUUUUGUUAUUGGAGCAUGAAUAUCAAGUGAUUAAAAAGGAUGCAGCCAAAUUCCAGAAAGAAAUAAAAAUCGAUAAGGUUGAUGUA